GAAAACCAGAUGCCUCUGCUGAAAUUCUUCUGGAUCAGGAAUGUAUAAACCCUACGAGUUACUCAAGCCAGCUAGAAGACUCUGGAUGUGAUGUCUCUCAUGACUAUGCAUUUGAUUCGUUAGCUUCUGAUUUUCACCAAUCUGAGCAUAAUGUUGACACUUCUAAACUUUGGUUGGAAAGAGUUCUCCCACUGAAUCUUUGCUGUACUGGGAAGGAAGAAUCUCUGACUGCUCCAGUGCAGUUUUUGCAACAUCUGCUUGAAAUAAGAAAACUGUCAGAAGGAGGAAUUCUUCAAGCAGACUUCACAGAGCUUGAGAAUGAUUCUUUCACCAUAUGCAAUUCAGUGUCUCAGUUGCUUGAUGGACUGACUGUUUUUUACAACAGUCCUGAAUUUUCAGUUUCAAAUUUUCUUACUGAAGCAGUUUGUGUUUUGAUCCGUUUGAUAACUGAUACUACAUUAUCUAAUCAUGUUUUGAAGAAGUGUUUCAAGAAGCUGGAAGAAUUUAAGAAAAAUCUAAUUCAGAUUAUUUUAAGAAACAGAAGUGUCAAUAGGGUUAAAUAG